AAAAUCGCGUGUGCUAUAUUUCGAAUAUAACUGAGUAAAUAUUGAGCCAAAACUUACAGCGCACUUGAUCUUUAUUCUAAUCAAGGCAGUAAGAAAACCGAUUGGGUUUAGUUUGCUCUUUUUACAGAGAUAGCUGUGUUUGAAAUACUAGUAUUUUGUUAUUAUGUAUGAUGCUGGAAAAAAUAUGUGGAGUUUGUUGUGUUUAAGACGGUGAUCUAUUGUUUGUUUUCGAUAUAAUGGUUGAUGCGAUUUUAUAAUAACAUGAUGAUAGACUGUAAUAGGAAGAUUUAGACUCGAGACAUGAUCAUAUUGACUUUGUCUGGAAUCUAGCCUUUAAGGAGUAUAUGUGUUUCUGCAAGCUUAAGUGAAUAUUUCGCAAAAGUCUGGGAAUAAGGAAAUAUAAUCUGUCUGCAGAAUAAAUCACUUGAUAAAUCUGAUUUCGGGGAAUUUCUUGAAAAAAUGAUGGAAUUUCAUUCGACGAUUUAUGAUGUGGCACAGGACGCCUCUCAAAUUGCAUCGGCACACAAAUCCCAUAGGGAUAGGCUCGAACCUACUUGUACCAUAGACAACGUACCGGACAAAUGUCUGUUGCACAUCUUUUCGUUCCUCCAUCAGAGAGAGCUGGGAAUACUAGCGCGUGUUUGCAAAAAGUGGCGCCUCCUUGCGUACAACCAUCAGCUAUGGAAGGUUGUAUCACUCCGACCCGAAUACAAUGGACUCUACGUGAACAGUUUUGAGAAUUUAAUGGCGCUAAUUAACGUCCGUUUCGGUCCAACUUUGAGAUACAUCGAGCUACCAUGUGAACUUGUUACUCCACCUAUCUUACACGAACUGUCAAACAAGUGCCCCUCUCUGAAAUAUAUGACAAUAGAUUUCUCAAAUGCUAUGCAACUUCAUGACUUUAAUGAUCUAAAUUCUUUCCCAUGCAAUCUCCGUAGUCUGUGUAUAUGUCUGUCCGAGGUUAUCUUCUUAGAGGGCUUUAUGAGGCGGAUCUAUAGCUGCCUGUCUUCUCUACAAGUCCUUCAUUUAAUCGGGACAUUUGAGAUGACAAGUGAAGGAGAUGAAGACGUGUACGAGGUUGUCAAUAUCGGCAAGAUCAAGGCUCACACUCCUAACCUCCGUAUUGUCAACAUGUACGGUAUCACAUUUAUAGAUGAUUCUCACAUCGAGUUACUGACUUCAAACUGUAUACAUUUAGAUUGUCUAGCCUUAAACUACUGUCUCCGUGUGAAGGGGUCGUCAUUUAAAACUCUCAUACAACGAUGUAAGAAGCUGAAAACUUUACUGCUGACACAUACAGGUUUAGAGAAUGAAUACAUGGUGAACGUGCCCUGGGAAACAGCCCAAGUUCACGAGCUUGAUCUGACGUCAACAGAACUGUCGUCUGAAUGUCUCGAGAACGUGUUAAACCGUAUCCCGUUCUUCACGUUCCUUGGUCUGGGACAUUGUGAAUUCUUUACCGACAAGAUCCUAGAAGGAAUGGUUCAGAGGGGAAAGUUCAAGCAGCUACGUGCCAUAGACAUAAGUUCGACACCCGGACUGUCCGAGAACACAAUCUACCAGUUCCUGCAGCUACACGGCAGACGACUUCUCGGUCUCGUGCUCUCAGGAAAACCUAUUCUCACAGAAAAUUUCUGGUUGAAUGUGAUCGGGUUCUUACCAAAUAUUAGGAUCUGCGUGCUGGGUACGGCUAAUGGAUGGUUUCUCAAGCUCACCACGAAGGUUCACAUAGAUCAAGUUAUCGAGGGAUUCGCCCAGAACUGUGCAUACCUGAGCCGACUAGAGAUACAAUGGGAUCCUGAUACUAUUAGGUUCAGUGAUAAGAGCAACAAGUUCGUCGAUCAUAUCAGAUUGCGAUGUCCACAUUUAAAGUCGUUCACACUGAGUGACGGUGAGUAUUAUGAGAUGGUAAAGUCUAAUUUCGAGCGUGCAGACAGAAUGAAAGUUGUGAGGACAACAACAAACUACUCUACCAGUAUAAACAGUCUAGUCAGCUGCUUUAAUGACCUUCUCUUCAACUAGAUCAUCUAUAUACACAACACUUAUCUAGCUUCACUUUCAAACCCGUUGCUUGGUGACGAUGAUGACAAAUAUCUUAAGUAACGUUGAUCAAGGGAGACAACUCUGACUAUGAAGAUUGAAAAAUUACCAAUUGACCCCAUAGACUAUCUUGAGUAAUAGUCUGAACGAAAGCCAUUCCGAAUACCAUCAUUAUUUGUGCCAAAAACACAUAAGUUAUGUCAACCUAUAUUAUCAAUUGGUGUUUCGAUGUCAAGAUGUAUGUUACACGUUAUAAAAACGGAAGAAUAUUGACAUUUCUUGUAUAAAUUUACAAAGUUUUUGAUGCAGGUACAUGUAAUGAUUGCACAAUAUUAGCGUCGUACAUGUAACAGAGACACACAGUAUCUUGUUAUUGUAGUCACAUGACUUUAAAUAGGAUCAUUUACAGGAUUGUCAUUAUAGCUGGCUUUAACCAAAACCUAUCACUAAAAUAGCUCUUACCAUGUGUACCCCGGUUUUGUUAUUUUUAAAAUUAAAGAAAAAUAUAUGUGCGGACAAUAUGUGCAAUAAAAUGAAUGUUUUUAAGUCAUAGAGCCAUCUCGGAUUGUUAUAAAUUUAUCAAAUUAUAGUAAAAUAUCCUUUUAUACAAA